AUGUCGAUAACUACGCACGUCAAUCCCUUUGCGGCAUGGUCACAGACCUCCCGCAGUGGCAUCCCGCCCUCCGUCGCAGGUGCACUCCCCUCCAUGGUUGUGACACCUCCCGACUCCGACUCGCAAUGGGGAUCACCCUACACUUCGCCGUAUUCCUCACCGUACUCUUCACCGUACUCUUCUCCGGCGUCUUCACCCGGCUCAUCUCCCACGUUAUCCGCCUACAAGAGCACGCCGCUCUCCGUUACCUUCCACUUCGCGUCCUUCCAGGACACAAUAUUGAACUGCACCGUCGUCGGCCCCCAUUCGAUGAACUACUAUCGCGUGCACUCCGAGGUGUCCUCAGGUGGACUGCUCACGACGCUGUCGGACAGCAGUACCGGCAAGCCCGUCGGCAUCGUCGACUGGCAUUCGCGCCCUAUCGUCGAAGUGCGUUCCCUCGUACCGCGGCAACGCGCCGGUAAAUGGCUACCGCUAUCGAGCGAUCGAACUCAUAGAACGAUGAUCAUUGACGGCGUACAAUACGUCUGGAAACCCGCCGGACGAGAUCUCAUCCUCAUGCUCCCUGGCACAUUCCAAUCGACACAAGUCGCGAGAGUGCACAAAUCGCACAACAUGGUCUCCCUCGAGAUCAGCUACGACGCUAUCACCGGCGGCCUCCUGCCCGCUAUCGUCCUCGGCGCCUUCGUACUACAAAGCGGCCGCAAUAUCGAUUAG